AUGGCAGGGCUUGUCGCUGAUCUCACACUCGACUCGUGCUGCUGCCCAAGGGCUACUGCCACAUACCCCAAGGGAAACUACCUCAGUGACAAGUGGUGGAGCAUGUACCUCUUCAGUCCAGCAUCUUUUCUCACCGUCGCUUUCUCUUGGUUUCAUUUGACGUCCACUCUUGUCUGCGUCGUGCAUGCAACGGGGCAGCAGGGCAUUGGGGACGACAAGUUCCGACCCCCCCCCGGUCGCACAUUGAGCCUAACGACCCCUGCAUCAGCACCCGUCGACACCCUCCAAACAACCAGCGAUCGGGGCACGCGACGUCUCUUCUGGUAUCUCCUUGACUUGUUCGACGAGCAUCGCCAGCACGCAGCAUUACCAAGCGUCCAAGCGUCGUCUUCAUCUCCUUGGCUCGGGAUACACCUCGGGGGCGCCUGCACCCAGACACACCAGACACGCCAGACGCACCAGACAACACUAGACGGGGUCGCGUGGGGAGAAGCUCUGAUUAGCUGCCAGACCGUUGGCGUUACCUUCUGGAGUCUGAACCCCACAAGGCACAGUUACAACGGCCACGAUGACCCCGCUGGUUUCGCGGAGGCCACGGAAUCUGAACUCGCCAUGAUGACCCCCAGGAGUUUUCUUUAUUCCAAUAAACACCCGUCACCGAGUCCUCCCCAAGGCCAACGGAAUCGUCAUCACCACUCCUUGCCCACACCUCCUGCCUCGCCCCCUUCGCCUUCACCGAUUCUCCCUCACCGUCCCGAGAAGACAGCCUUUAUUCCACGAGACAAUUCGAGUCCGCCUCCGACCUCGUCGUAUUAUUCAGACUGGGACUCGGACUGGAGAAAGGAUGUCCCCGACGUUACGCUCGCCGACCAACCGAUCGCUGCCCCCAAAUCUACUGACCACUCCACCAUGGCGAAACGCAAGGCCGUCAACGACUUUAUGAAGCCCUCACCUUCGAGCCUGUCUCGAGCGACCAUGUCUGCAUCUGACGCGCGGUCGGCAAUACCCACAAGUCCCGUGCAAAUCCCCUCCUCCAGGUCCAAGCAGCCUGCUUCCCGUUCUCAUGUGUCCCAUCAUCAACAUCAUGCGGCGAGGAAGUCGUCCCGACCGAGGGAUGUGCAUAAACCCGAGGCCAUACCUCCAGCAGUGGCGGCCUUGCUGGCCGUAACGGACAUUCCUCGCCCGCAACGGCGAGUGGCGAGGACCGGGAAGAACGGGAGGGGGGAUCGGACUCUGAUGCUGGACGCCGUCAUCGAGCGUCAGCAAGUCCCUGAAACCGAACUCAGUCUGUCCUUGGGAAAGAGCAUGAUGGACGUACUUCUCUCCCCUCCCGAAGAGCUGGACGUCGACGAGGCCAUGUCCCUGGUUAGCGAUAGCGUCCCUGGCUCGCCUUCUUCUACAAGGACGUCGUCGAUGGAAUCCCCGCCUUCUCUCGGGGGCUCCUCUUUGACGAGCGACUGCUUCUCGUCUAUCGGAACGCCCUUUGGAACCAGCCCACGGAUCCGACGCGGUAAGCGGAAGCAACCAAGGCGGUCUUUUGAACCCGUGCUGUCACCCCCUGGGCAGCCGGAAGACCACCCUCUGUCCGUCACCGAGGACGAGCCGGGGGAAUUGGAUUUCGGCGUCUUCCCAGGGCAGGAGCAGGGUGCACGACAGGCCGGGGAACCGGACGAGGAUGGGUCGGACACGAGAUCGGAGCUUUCCUUCUCGGACUUUGCUUUCCCCCUGCGUCCGCUGAAAUACGCCUUCAAGUCGAAUUUGACCGCAUCUCUCAAGGCUCUACGUUCGGCCGCCAAGUCCAUUUCGUCUAUGAACAUGUCGUCCAUCCCGCCGGACGACCUGUUGACGCGAUCUCUUCUGAGUAUCGACCACAAGGUGCCUUACACUGACGAACGGCGACCGCCGGUAUUGGAAGAGGCCCCUUCAGCUGAACUCCGCCGAUACCUCAACCCCACAACCAACGCGCGUAUCGAGACGCACCAGGCAACAUCAGCAGCUGCAACAACAACGGCACGCUCGUCGACGAGGAGCUUUACCGCCUCGAUUCAGAUGCGAACGUAUAGAGUGCAGCGUUCCCGUACCGUGUCCCCGGCGAGCUCGACGCGGUUACCCUAUCCACCCCCCUCUCCGUCUUCUACGCAGACUAGCCCCCCACCGACGCCCGCACAGUCGCCCAAGCAGACUGCCUUUGCCUACCCGCCCGGAGGAAUGCGGCAACGCGAAGUGCGGGAGAACCCCGAUUUCAUCCGCAUGGCCGCCGGGCACGCUGGACAUUGCCGCCGCGACGACCUAGUGGACGACCUUACGAAGUGGGUGCCGAUGGUGUCCCGGCACGAUGGGUUCCUGUCUCCUACUGAAGGCCGGCUUGUGACGUCAAACCCCUCCACACCUGCGCCCAUUGGUGUGUGCAUGCGAGAUGGGGCCAGAUUCCUGGGCGCGAUGGGGCACGCGAAGCCGGAGGGUACCGAAACGAACCCACGGAGUACGAAGUACGUGUGGAAAUUCGAUUCGGAGCAUCUUGCCAAGGGGUUCGCCAUCACUAUCCAGCGUCUUCGGCAGGGCAACAUUGUUGGAUCUAUUUCGAUGUUUUUCUCGAACCAGCUCCUCUUUGAGGACCAGUUUAUCGGACACAUCCUCGCCAUUGGCAUUGCCUACCACUAUCGUCAACCUUUCGCCGUCGAAGUUGGGAGUCUUCGAUAA